CAUCACGGCGCUGUUCCGUCCCAAAGUGUCCCGCUGUAGGACAGUCCGUGUGAACUCGGGAGGGGAAGCGCUACUCUGUUUAAACCCCCAGGAUUUACACUCUGCCAUUUUGAGCAAAAACCGGCCGACAUCGAGAGCACAGACGCGUCCAUUAAAACAGAAGUCAUGACCUGAACUGGUGAACCACCGCUAGGAGAAGGCCUCGGGAGGGCAGUUGACCCAACAAAGGAGGAUUGUUGAUCUGAGCUGGACAUCGGCCCUCUUCAGCCAUGUGUUCCACCAAUCACUCAAACUGGGUCACGUUUGAAGAUGACAGCACACCGCUCUCAUCAUCACCUCAAAAGCCCGUACAGUCACCAGGGCUUAUCAAAGCAUCGGUACCGCGUCCCAAUGGUCUGAAAUUAGUCCUUCCUCCAAUCAGAGACACUUCCUGGAGCUUCAAUAGUUCCCUGGAAUCCCCUCAAAACCACUCCAGUCUUAGCGGAAGUUCCUGUGUACCGUGUAACACACCCUUUUGCACGCCUGUGAGUGGGGUUCCCAACAGCGUGUCCCCAUUUCAUUCCAACACGCGGGAAAAGAACGACUUCUUUCGGAGUUUCUCCAGCACGUCUACAACCUCUGCUCCCUCGCCUGCACCGGAAAGCCUGCAGCAAACCUCAGGUGGCCCAAGCCCCUUCCCUCCUUUCCAGGGGAACUCAGGACACUAUAACCCCUUCUGGGAUGGAUCUAACCACAGCGCAGAUGUGGACAGCUCCUCCUCAGACUCAGAAACUGACAGCAACCUACCACGUUUCUUUAUUCGGACCAAAGAUGGCGCUGUGCCUCCACGUGACCACCUCCAGAGCUCCUUCUCCUACGUUUGCCACAAACUGGAAGGCCUACGGGCAGGAUCGGACCAAGAGAAGGAGACAGAAAAAGAUGGGGAGGGGCGGCUGAGUUGCAAAAGCGAGGUGCUAAGCGAGGGUGCUUCUCAGUUCGUUCCUCGGGGUCUGUUUCGUAGCCAGAAGAGAGACGGCUGGUCUGUCUUGCUCAGGAUCCCCGAAAAAAAGAACCGCAUGUCCUCGCGACAGUGGGGGCCAAUCUACCUGCGCCUGCUGCCGGGAGGUGUGCUGCAGAUGUACUACGAGAAAGGGCUGGAGAAGCCGUUCAAGGAGUUACAGCUUCUCCCCCAGUGCAGGCUUUCCGAACUUAAACUGGAAAGCUACGGCGAGCCCCGAAAAGUCCUCUCCGUCAAGGUGGAACAUUUCUCGUACACGGAAAAGAAGCGCUACCACCCAAAGCUGGAGGUUAGUCAUGAGGCGGAGGCAGAAGAGCUGCUCAAGUUUGGCUCCACGGUGCACGACGACAUGGAGGACCUGGUGGUCUCCAUGGAAGAGGAGAUCUUCAAAUUGUGUUUGCACCACCAGCAGAGGCGGCACUACGAGGAGCAGGAUCUGUCCUUGCAGAUCACCGAUCACAUCUGGGUACAACUGGACAAGUUUGGAGAAGUCAUGGAGCGGACAGCCUUGACCCAGAUUCACUGUCUGUCUUUCCUGAACGGACUAGGGGAUUGCUUUCUCGCCCUUAACGAUCUCGGGCUGAUGCGCUUCGACUCCAGCUACGGUUCUGAGGACGACGGUGAACUCUGGAUGGAGAUCGCAGACUGCCAAUUUCACAGAUGUGUGAACGACACCGAGUUUCAGAGGUCCCGGCUGGUAAAGUUCUCACCUCCCGAGGCCUGCAGGGUGGAGCUGAUGCGCUACAAGACGGCGAUUUUGGGCUGCACAGAAAUUCCCUUCUCGAUCAAAGCUGUUGUCACAGUUCAGGGUGCCUAUGUGGAGCUCCAGGCCUUUCUUAACAUGUCAGCCACCUUCCUUUCCACUGUGGGGGUGUCUGACACGUACCCACUGUGUGAGAAUGUAGUGAUCCGCGUGCCGGUGCCAGGCGACUGGGUCAAAGUGACGCAGACUGUGGCGUUGCUGCGGCAGAGGUCACUGAAGGCCCGUAUGAACAGAAAUGCCUGCUUGGGCGCCGUCGGCACCGCAGACUCACAGCCUGUCAUGCAGGUGACCAUCGGCACUGUCAAGUAUGAGAAUGUAUAUUCAGCCGUCGUGUGGAGGAUCGACAGACUGCCCGCAAAGAAUACGGCAGUGGAUCAUCCCCAUUCGUUUUCCUGCAAGCUAGAGCUGGGGUCCGACCAGGAGAUCCCAAGUGACUGGUACCCGUUUGUCACGAUGGAAUGUGAAAUUAUGGGCUCCGUCGUGUCACAGACCAGGGUGAAGUCACUGGGCACUGCCAACGACAUCCAGCCACAGAAACAUGUGACCAGUUGGACACGCUAUCAUUGUCAGGCCAAACUCUACUUGUCCAUAAUUGAUGAUGUGAUUCAGAGUAUGAGAGAGCUCUUCAUGGACGAAGGGCUGGAAGACCGCGUCCUGGACGAUUUAAGACAUCUUUGGGAGUCAAAGAUGAUGCAGUCAAAAGCAAUGGAAGACUUCAGGAAAAAUAAUAUCAACUCAUCCAACUUUGUACUGCAGCUCCCUGCCAACUACAGUCGGACCGAUCAAGAACUCACAGCCUCAGUUGUGAUCCCUGCAAGGCAGAAUAUCCACAGUUUCCCCAUGAAGAACAACUCGGACUUGCUUCCUACUUUCUCUCUCCCUGCUGGGUUGUCGUACCCUGUGCAGAUACCAGCUGGAGUCACUCUACAAACAGCUUCUGGUCAACUUUACAAGGUCAAUGUUCCUGUUGUGGUCACUCAGGCCCCAGCAGGUCAGACAAUUGUAUCCCGACUCACACAGAAGGUCAGUGAGCGGAGAGAAGCUCCUCCCCCUCAGUCAGCUGCAGCCCCACCAAAAACCUCUCUUCCUCCUAAAGAGGCGGAGCCACCCUCUGUCCCAGCUACUUCUGACAAGCAGCCGCCACAUCCAAAGACCAGUCUCCCCUCCGGUCAGGAGAGCAGCCUCCCCCAGCGGCCGCUAGUUCCUCCUGCUGAGACCUCGCAGCCUCAGGGGUCAAACUCUCUGGAGCCAGAGGUCACACUGGAAGAAAAUGAGCCAAGUCCACAACUCGAACCUGUGAACCUCAGUAUGAGCGCCUCACCCUGCAGUCAGUUAUUAGACUUCCAGAUCAGCACCGAGGAGGCUUUGACACAGACGGGACAGUUAAAGACCAGAGACAUCGAUGACAUCCUGAAAGAAGUGAUUGAGGAGGAGAGAGAGAAGGCGGAAAGGGCCAGGAACCUGGCGCCUGCAAAGACUGCCAACCAGUCUGAGGCUGUUCUUGGGCUGGACCUAGACUACAACUACAGCGAACUGUCUGACAUCGUUCAGCUGGAUGGUCCUGCAGGCAACUCGGACAUGGAAGAGGAAGAGGCAGUCUCCCUGGAAGACAACGACUUCCUGGGUAUAAUCAAUGCUGAGGCCAUAAAGGCCCUGCAGGAAGGAGACGGGAGCAGUGACGGCAACAGCAUCUCCUCCAGCAGCGACAGCGAGGGAGUGGAUGAACUCGCCAACGUAGAGGAAGAGGAUCCUCUGAACUCAGGUGAUGAUGUGAUCGAGCAGGACAUCCCAGAUCUCUUUGACACUGACAACGUAAUUGUUUGCCAGUAUGACAAAAUUCACCGCAGCAAGAACCGCUGGAAGUUUCAUUUGAAGGAUGGAGUGAUGUGUUACGGCGGCAGGGACUACGUGUUCUCUAAAGCUGUUGGGGAAGCCGAGUGGUGAUGAGCUUCAGUUCCCUUGAACACAUCAGAUAAUCAUGUCGAAAGCGGGGAGAAUGAUUUACAAGGGAAAAAUAAUGAGGGAAUUUAGACCUCUUGGUGGUGUAGUUUAGCUGAAAACAACUAAUAAUAAUUUGACUAAAACAUCUGUUAUUUGCUGUCAAACACCUGUGUGGAAAAUCUGUGAAACUUUAGUUUUUUUUAAUUAUGCCAUUAUCAGAGCAAUUCUGCAAGUCAUUUACGAUGUAACAACCAAUUACUAACAUCGCUGCUUGUGAAUCUAGUCUACUGAGGCAAACGGCAUGAAUUUAUGUUGCAUAAUGUUUAGCUGAAAAUAGUUUUCUUUAUUAGUGGAGCGAAACAUAAUUUGAUCUGAAAUGUGUUUUCUUCUGUCAUGAUCAUGUUGCUUUGAGGGUACCUAAUGUGCUGUUUGAUUUUCAAACGUUGUAAUGUCUUGGCUUUAAUCAUGCUUCAAAUACACUGAACUGCACUGUUGCAUUCAAUGAACCCCUUUAUUUCUGUGCAAGCCUGUACAAAGCCAGUGUUGCCUCAUUAUCAUAUUGUUUUUCUAAUGGGGGGUUUAUUAGUUUCACUAUUUAAACCAAACUGCUACAUGCAAAUUCACUGAAACAUGUCAAAAUUAAUUUAUGAAUGUCAGCAUGGACACUAAAAUCAAUUUAAAGUUUGACUGUGUUUUGGAUAGACACUCAAGCAGCUACUCACAGCUGGAAAGAAAACAUGGGGGAGGUGAGACAGCUCCAGCAACAACUCACAAAACAAAAACAAAUCAGUGACAAACCCUUGGAAAUAUUUUUGACAUUUUGACAUCGCUGGUGUUGUCACAGUUUUAGUGACAUUCUUUGUUGCAGGCCUUGUGUGGUUUCCUUCGAGCUAAAAUAUAAUUUGAUAUAUAAAACCUACAAAUGUUACAUACGAAAUAGUAUAAUGUGCAAAUUCUCACAUGGUAUACUGUGCUUUUAUAGCAGUGGUUCAAAUGUGGCAGUGGGGACCCCAACAAGGGUUUGUAAAUUUACAAUCUGAGGGGAUGGACUUCUGUUAACAGGAUAUGAAAUCAGAAAAAAAAACAUUUCUAUGACACAAAAUUACAUUUUGUAGUCCUCCAAGUGUAGAUCUCCUUUAUUUAAUGUGAAUACUCACUGCCACAGUGACCUCUGUUUACCAGGUUAUAUAAACAAGAUACAAUAUUCCACAGUAAUCAAUAAUGUGAGCAUUGCAACACUGAUCCUAGAGUUCACUGAAACGAUCCAAAUAUGUCUGUCCAGCAUAUUUCUCAAAUAUCAGAAAGAGAUUACACUGAAGUUGAACAUAGCAGACACAAAUAUCUAUAGGCGACAGCAGUGAUGACGGAAAGAGGGUGCUGACUAGUUUUUU